CAACUGGUCCCCGCCCGCCCGCAGUCAGCUGAUGGGCCGCCCGUCGCGGAGACCGCCGCCGCCGCUCGAACAUGGCGGCCGAGAUCCACUCCAGGCCGCAGAGCAGCCGCCCGGUGCUGCUGAGCAAGAUCGAGGGGCACCAGGACACCGUCACGGCCGCGCUGCUCAUCCCCAAGGAGGACGGAGUGAUCACGGCCAGCGAAGACAGGACUAUCCGAGUAUGGCUGAAAAGAGACAGCGGUCAGUACUGGCCCAGCAUUUACCACACAAUGGCCUCUCCCUGCUCUGCUAUGGCUUACCAUCAUGAUAGCAGACGGAUAUUUGUGGGCCAGGAUAAUGGAGCCGUGAUGGAAUUUCACGUUUCUGAAGACUUUAAUAAAAUGAACUUUAUCAAGACCUACCCAGCUCAUCAGAACCGGGUGACGGCGAUCAUCUUCGGCCUGGCCACCGAGUGGGUGAUCAGCACUGGCCACGACAAGUGCGUCAGCUGGAUGUGCACCCGCAGCGGGAACAUGCUCGGGAGGCACUUCUUCUCUUCCUGGGCCUCGUGUCUGCAAUAUGACUUUGAUACUCAGUAUGCGUUUGUCGGCGAUUACUCUGGACAGAUCACCCUGCUGAAACUUGAACAGAGCACCUGUUCAGUUAUUACCACCCUUAAAGGACAUGAAGGGAGCAUCGCCUGCCUCUGGUGGGACCCUGUUCAACGGUUACUCUUCUCAGGAGCGUCCGACAACAGCGUCAUCAUGUGGGACAUCGGGGGCAGGAAGGGCCGCACGCUCCUGCUCCAGGGCCACCAUGACAAGGUGCAGGCGCUGUGCUACCUUCAGCUCACGAGGCAGCUGGUCUCCUGCUCCUCGGAUGGUGGAAUUGCAGUGUGGAACAUGGACGUCAGCAGAGAAGAGGCUCCUCAGUGGUUGGAAAGUGAUUCUUGUCAGAAAUGUGAGCAGCCCUUUUUCUGGAAUAUUAAGCAGAUGUGGGACACGAAGACACUGGGGUUGAGACAGCAUCACUGCCGGAAGUGCGGGCAGGCUGUCUGUGGCAAGUGCAGCAGCAAGCGCUCCAGCUACCCCGUUAUGGGCUUCGAGUUCCAGGUCCGAGUCUGCGAUUCCUGCUACGACUCCAUCAAGGACGAGGAUCGGACAUCUCUAGCAACCUUCCACGAAGGAAAACAUAACAUCUCCCACAUGUCCAUGGACGUCGCUAGGGGCCUGAUGGUAACCUGCGGGACCGACCGCGUGGUGAAGAUUUGGGACAUGACGCCUGUGGUGGGCUGCAGUCUGGCCACCGGCUUCUCUCCACACUGAUGCGGGGCCGGCGGGGUCUGAGUCUUCGCGGCGGCCGCCUUCCCCCACACACGACGCUUCCCUCUAGCUCCACAGUCCCUGUCACGUGGAUGGACAGCCAGCCACUAAAAAACAAAUCAGCAUUUUUAUAAAGAACAAAACGUGAGCGUGUGUUUUUGGGCAUUUGUGGAACUAUCCGUGGGGACCGACGUAGUGGGUCCCCGAGGAGUGGAGUUAUUCCAGCGAGACGUCCUGCAAGCGGUGAGCUGACGUGUGCCGAGACGGUAAUUUAGCACACGAGAGUUUCAGAAGAAAAACACUGAACAAAAGAGUUAAAGCCUAGAAGUUUCUUCAAGCAAUUCCAAGUGCAAACACACUCCCCUCCCCCCAGACUUGCCAGGCACCCGGGGGCUCCUGCGCAUCUCCCCGGUCAGAGCAGGGACUCCAGGGAGGAGGACUUGCGUUCUGUCUCGGGGGGGGGGUGCAGGGGUCUUAGGAACCCAGAGACCCUCCUCGUCCACUGGCGUCUGUGAACAUUCCCCACCCCUGGCCACUGACAGACCUCUUCAGGGUACCUGUCCUCUCCGGGUGGGGCAAUGUCUACACUUACUGUGUGGUCUGCUUCAGUUGUUUCCCGUCCCAGCCAGCGUGCCGUGGGCGGACCCUUACGGUUGUCACCACGUGAGCGGUAUGGCGUCUAUACUGACCACGGGAGUCCACCCCCUUCCCUGUCCCCCAAAUGUGCUCUGAGGACAAGACGUCUCUAUGGUGCUGUUAACACGGGACUCGCACAAGCCGCUUGACUUUUUCCUCAUUGCAACUAGGGAUGACUAAUGGCAAACCCAGCUACCAGCGUGACUGGGAUGGGAAACGAGCAGCCCGCUCCGUGGAACAGCCCAGUCCUCCUGAAAGACACAGUCUAUUUGCAGCCCAGGAUGAGCCCCUGUAAAUACCGUGACACUUCAGUAGACACCUCAGAAGAGAACUCCAAAGCUUUUUAAACUAGGUUGACUUUUAAUUACAACUUACUUCAUAGGAAGAAAUCGGUAACCCAGAGCAGUGACUAUUAGCAAUGUCCUGCACAGGUAUUCCCAACUUGUAAGUUACUCCCAGAACAGUUAGCAAAAUCUCUUGCUAUCACGUGGCAUUUUAAUUUAAAAGUUUUUGGCCACUUAGUACCAGGAUUGGGGAAGAGGUAGGAAAUGGGGAGCCUGUCUUUUAAUAUUCAAAUAUUUAUUUGUUUUUAAUGGCAGACUGGGCUUCCCUGGUAGCUCAGACAGUAAAGCGUCUGCCUACUGACAAUGUGGGAGACCCGGGUUUGAUCCCUGGGUCGGGAAGAUCCCCUGGAGAAGGAAAUGGCAACCCACUCCAGUAUUCUUGCCUGGAAAAUCCCAUGGACUGAGGAUCCUGGUAGGCUACAGUCCAUGGGGUCGCAGAGUCGGACACGACUGAGCGACUUCACUUCGACGGUAGAUCAUGUGUCUUGUUACUUUAGGACUAUUUUAAGGAUAGAUUUUAAGAUAGAUAGCAGCAGUAUUUUUGUUAAGUCUUACUAAUGGAUAUAGAAAAAUACUACUGCAUUGCUUUUAGGGGAUCAAACCAAGACAGCAUCAUUCUGUGUGACAUAACUAAGGGACUAAACAGUUUUAAAUAACAGUUGUUAAUGAAAAUGUGUUUUUAAUAACAGUUUAAGACAGGCAAUUAAGAUGUCUUAAUGGCCAGUGGCACAGAUUAGGAAAGGAGGUCAGGUCAUCAUGUUCUAGAAUGAUCUGCAGUAGACAUUGACUUGCCUUCAGAAAUAAGACUGAAGGGUUUUGUUGCUCCUUGUAAUUUUUGUGUUAUAUCACCUGAAAAAGAUGUUUUCUUUCAAAACUUGCCUUAGGCCCUUUGCAGAAUGUGUGUUGCUGACAUAAUCCAGGAGAAAAAUUGAGUGGUGGUAACUUGAACAGUAGUGUUGAAUGUCAGCUUAGUUCAAUUACUGGUUCAGCUCAUACAUACACAGGUGCUAUGCUGGGGAUUCUUGGAAGUCCUGAAAGGAAAAGAGAAUAUGAACUACUCCUUGCCAUGCUGGAGAAUGCUACACAACGGUUUUGCUUUCCUUCAGCCUCUGUAAAAUGUGACUUUAUGAUGUCUGUGGUGGCCUGAGCAGUUCCGUAGCUGUCAAGGAUAUGCCAUAGCUUUUUGACUUCUUUUAAUUUUAACAGAUUCCUAAUGAAAAACCUAAUGUUUCAUAGAGAGUGUAAGGCUGAUCCAGCGCCUCCUUAGGGGUGAAGCUAACAUAAAUCAAGAGGGAGAGGUCUGUGUCAGAAAGAAUUGGAGCCAGGUAUCUGGAAAAGGAAAGGAGAAAGUUUCAAUAUAUUUUCUUUCCACCAGAGCUUACUGCCAUUUUUUGUUUUAAACAUACAUAUGGUAGGCUUGUCUUGUCUCUGUCACACGCAAGGUAGUAAAUGGGGUAAUAUUUUUUAUAGAAGUGGGUAAAAAUUUUAGUGAUUGGGCGCAGAGAGUAUAGACUUCUGGUUAUUGCCUUAUUUUGACUGCAUUACUCUUAAACGUGUCAUUUACAAUAUAUAGUUCUUCAAAUAAUGGUUUACCAGUUUUUCCAUUCCUGAAUACUCCUGCAGAGUCCCUCUUGGGGAUCAUGAAGAACAGAAUGUUAAGAGAAGAUCCUUUUGUUUAGAUCUAGUAUGCGUGGGGUUGCAGAGUGGGACACAACCUAGUGACUGAAAAACAACAACAAAAGGUUCGUGAUCAAGACUUGCCAAUUCCUUCUAAACGUGUUUUAAAAUUGCUCUUUAUUAGUGGAAGUGAUAGGAAUAUACUCUUAUAGCAUUAGAUGGAAGCAGACCAUUCAUUACACUGUAAAUCUGUUUACUGUGUCUUAGUUCUGUCCUGCUGCCUAGAGGCCAUAAACGAAACAUACUACUUUAUACUUUAGAAGGUGGUGUCACUUUGUUUUCCCCCUAUAGCAUUCAGUUUGUUAGAUUUAAACUGUUGAAACUGGCCUGAGUAUGGAAUAAAAUCACAGUGGCUCAGAUUCAUGGAGUUAUUUUCUAAAAUCAGUUUUCAUUAAUUACUUCCUACUUCAUUCCUGGAUCUGGUAUCCCUUAAAAUGUAAGAAACCCGGUUACUAUUAAUGAUAAACCGUCUGCUCAUUAUAAAUGUGAGUUUAACAAAUAAGUAAUACAUGCUGUAUUUGUGUGUCUAUUGCUUAAUUGUUAAUUGUGAGCAGAUCAUUGAACGCCUACUCUAUUUUCUGCAGUUUACUACACAAUAACUCUUUGAGUAAGUUGAUGUUUAAUUGUGCAACAAAUUUAUACUAGAACACAAUUUAAAGUGUUUUUCUCUCUAGACUUUUUUGACUAGGGAGGCAAAGGGCAAUGUUGAUUAGUACAUUUUGUCUUGUACUACUAGCUACGUUUCUAUAAAAUAGGGUGCCCUGCGUGUCCCAGAGAGCUAGAAACCUUUGUUCUUUGCUCCUGUUUGUGGGUUCUGUUUUUGUGUUUUUUUGAGAACAUGCGUACAAUAAAGUGUUCCUUGCUUGUUA